CAUAAUUGUUCUCUUAUCUCUUUGAUGCAUAUAGCACUCAUAGUAUAUAUACCCUUUUAUAUGUAUAGUAUUACCUUUUACAACUCGUUCUCAAAACAUCCACAAACCAAAAUGGUACUACUGGUGAAAAUAUUGCUGUUAAAAUUCUUUUUUUUUGAAAGUGUAUGUGUGCAGGGUGUUUUUAUUACAAAACAUGGCCAUUGGCUUUUUUGACGCUUAACUAAAAGGUGUGCCCGUUUAUUGUAGUGCGAGUGCGCGUUGUGAUGGGUGAGGAGUUUUCUU